UGCUUGAAUUGUGCUUUGGGCAGACGCUUUUCCACCAACUCCUCAAAACUCUCGUAUCUUUCUCUCUUCUCUCUCACACUCCCCCAUUUUCAUAUUCAUAUAUGAUAUUCACAGAUCGAGGAGCUCCAAAUUUGCAAGUUCAUUUCAGAAACUGAUCGGAAUCGCCGGAAGCGCGUGGGUUUUCUGGUCACACGAGUAGUCCACAGCUCAAGCUUGAUCGUGGCAUAUCACUCGGAUCCCUUUUAUUUGUUUGAAGACCUGAUCGAUCAUCCAUGAUUGAUAUUUGAUCCCCCAGGAGACACAGACAGCAACGUUACAGCAGCAGUCGAGUCUCACUAGAGCUUUGGAUCUUUGGCGGCUUGUAAUUUUGUUGUAACUUGCUAAUUAAGCUAGAUAUAAGCUUAACUGACAAGCUAGCUUUAUCUGGGAUUGGGAAUUGAAUAUCGUCAGUUUUUCUGGGGAUGCAGCAGUUGACUCGUAUAUUUGUAUGUAACUGCAACUGUAACUGUUGGCUGGCUGCCUGACGUUGACUAUAGUACAGAAGACUGUGCAAAAACAGCCUAAACCACUCAUCUAGUUGAAGUCAAGUAAUUUCAUCAGUGAAAAGGAAAGGAAGCUCUGGCAAAUAAUAGUAAGUGGUGGGAGAAUGCGAUGGCAGGGUACAACAUAAAUGAGUCGACCUCAGUCUCCGCCGCCUCAUCAGCCCCAACUUCAACUGCUUCUCCCUAUGUCCACCCGCUUUUCAGGCCCCAACUCCACCUCCAACUCCAACAACUCCAUCACCAUCCUAUUAUUCCUCUACAACAACAACAACAACAUCAUCAUCAUCAACAAGAAGAACAAGAUGAUGAUGAUGACCAGGACGACGACCAAGACCACAAUAUUACCAAGAUCGAAUCUUCCGAUACCGCCGCAACCAGUUCUGGUGGCGGUGGAGGCGGAGGUGGAACUGGUGGUUCCACCCGCCGUCCCAGAGGCCGUCCUGCAGGCUCCAAGAACAAACCCAAGCCUCCCAUCAUCGUCACACGCGACAGCCCCAACGCCCUCCGCUCCCACGUCCUUGAGGUCUCCGAUGGGGCCGACAUCAUGGACAGCGUCUCCAUCUACGCCAGGCGCAGGGGCAGAGGCGUCUGCGUGCUCAGCGGCAGCGGCACUGUCACCAACGUCACCCUGCGUCAGCCAGCUGCUCCUCCGGGAAGCGUGGUGACUCUUCACGGACGCUUCGAGUUACUAUCGCUCUCCGGUACGGUGCUUCCGCCUCCGGCUCCUCCCGGUGCUGGCGGACUCUCCAUAUUCUUGUCCGGGGGGCAGGGACAAGUGGUGGGAGGAAACGUGGUGGGACCGCUGAUGGCUUCCGGGCCUGUGGUUUUGAUGGCUGCGUCUUUUGCAAAUGCGGUGUUUGAGAGAUUGCCAUUGGAUGAUCCGGAAGAGGGAACUACUACUCCUACUGGUGGUGGUGGCGGAGGCAGCUUGCAAAUCCAUCAACCCACGGGGUCCCAAUCUUCUGGGGUGUCUGGUGGUCUUGGUGAUGGUACUGCGGGAAGUAGCGGCGGAGGUGGAGGUGGAGGUGGAGGUGCUGGGCUUUUUAAUUUGGGAGGAAAUAUGGCGGCCAACUAUCCCUUCCCGGGGAGUGACUUCUUCGGAUGGGGUGGUGGAAGUGGAAGUGGAAGUACUCCGCGGCCUCCGUUCUAGUACUAGUACUACUGUGGUGCUAAUUAUGGAAUGAUUUUAUGAGAUAUGUACGGUGAUAACUUCAGACGCUUUCGUGUUCAUAUAUAAAUAUGCACAUCUACAAACGAAAGAACGAUGAUCUUGAUCAUAUAUCUUGAGCCUAAAGUUGCCAAUGUCGAUGAAGGGCUAGCUAGCUAGCUUGGUGUUGAUCAGUACUGUCGAUGUAAAACAAACAAACUUUGCAAGGUCAGUAAAAUUAAUCAAUUGCUACUUUCUUCAA